AUGGAGGUUACUGGCAGCAAAGAUAUGCGAUCUACAGGUUCUACACCCAAGGCCAAGGGAACCACUGAGGCACCCAAAUCAUCAUCUUCUAGGAGUGAUAAUGGUAGUUGGGAGAACACAAUAUCUGAAGAUGUUAGUAAACUUGGACUUGAGAAAAUGAAACACCCUCAUCUGUAUAAUAUGAGGUGGUUCAAGUCUGAUAAAGUAUCAAAGGUUAAAUUUAGAUGUUUGGUGUCCUUCUCCAUUGGUAACAAAUUUUUUGAUAAGGUUGAAUGUGAUGUGGUUGAUAUGGAUGUUAAUCAUCUCAUUUUGGGGCAACCAUGGCAGUAUGAUCGUCAUGCAAUGCAUGAUGGCCACAAGCACACAUAUACUGUUAUGAAAAAUGGGCAAAACUUUGUGUUGAAUCUAGUAAAUAUGGACCAUCUAUCUGCAUCAAAUGGUGGGGAAUCAUCUGGAGCUACCACUCUGGUAUCUUUCAAGAAAUUUUUGCAUGAGGCACAUGGAGAAGAUAUCUACUUGUUGUUAGUUACAGAGCAGAGAGAUGGCAUAACAGUACCCAAAGAGGCACAAGGGCUGCUUCGAGAAUUUUCUGAUGUGUUCCCUCAAGAACUCCCAUCUGUAUUACCUCCUAUUGAGUACAUUCAGCAUCGCAUUGAUCUAGUAUCAGGAGCUAGUUUGCCAAAUCGACCAGCUUAUCGCAUGAAUCCAACAGAGUAA